GCACUCCAACUCCUGCAGCCACAGGAAGAGGAGGAGGAGGAGGAGAAGUAAAGCGAUUUUAUAACUACAUGUUGCUGUGGUUGACUGAACCGCGGCUGCAGAAGAUCCGACCAAGCCUGUCCUUUUCCUUACAUUGUGCAUCUCGACUGGCGAUGCAGUUGUAGUUUGUGCCACCUGUGGCAGCGCUCCUAUUCCCUCUACGCCACAAAGACCGGAGGAGGAAAGAAGCUGUGAGAGAGGGGUCGGAAAGGAGGGGGUCGUUUCUGGAGAUAAGUGGGCUGUGACAGAGAGAGACCCCUCGCUGCACAGCCACAUGACACAAAUCAAAGAAUCUUAAUACCAGCAGCACCAUGCCAGGUCUAAUCAACAAAGAAAAGAGGAGCGCCCUGCCCCUUAGUGUCUCUGACAUCACUUCCUGUGUCAGGGGGUACACGCUGGCCAUGACGACUUCUAUGACGUAUGAAAAUAUUGAGGACCAUGCAAUCGAAGGAAUCUUCAUUUAUCCUCUGGAGGAAAACUCCAUUGUUGUGGGCUUUGAGGCAAUGAUAUCCAGUCAGAUUAUCACGCUGCACAUCAAAGACAAGACAAAAAUUGAUGACUGUUAUCUGGAAUGCUGCAACACAUCCAAUGGAGGCUCACACAGUUGCACCGGACACAUAGUGAUGGAUGAGGAUUUGGAGAAGACUGUAUUAGUGGUUAACCUUGGAGUCAUCCCUCCAAUGGAAACCAUCCAUAUUCUGGUCAGCACCUCCUCAGAGCUCUCCACUCUCCCCAGUGGGGGCAUCAUGGUCUCAUCCCCAGCGGUGUGUACACCCCGAGUACAAAGGAGCAUCAACGAGGAACAGGGACUCUCCCCAAACUUCUCCAGAGUGAGGGACAGACACCUCUGUAGCUCAAGUUCUCAUGAGCAGCCCACCAACUCUGCUCAGCUGUGUUUGUCCUCACUACUGGACGAUGAAGCCAUCAACUCCAUGGACUAUGAGUUUAACUUCCAUCUGGAGAUACGGGCUCCAUAUCUCCUGGCAGGUGUGGAGAGCCCUUCUCACGCUAUCCGAGCCGAUGCCGACCCUUUGGCCCGUUCGGCUACCAGCGUCAUCAUCACUCUGGCUGACAAGUACACUUAUGACUGUCCUGUCAAAAUCCUUAUCUACCCCAGCGAGCCUCAUCUGCCACAUGUGCUCAUGGAAAAUGGAGACAUGACACGAGACGAGUAUGAUGAGUAUCUCCACACCCGGAAUGACUUCAUCAAGGCCACUAAGAAGGACUCCAGCAAUGAGCGGAAAGUAGAGAUUAUCCACAAACGGCUCCAUAAGGACAUCCUCCACAACCCGGUGGUGAUGUUGAACUUCUGUCCUGAUCUCAAGUCCAUCAGCUCAGACCUGCGUAAGGUCCACGGAGAGUUCAUCUUCCUCAUUGACCGCAGCGGCAGCAUGAGCGGCGUUAAUAUUAACCGUGUGAAGGAUGCCAUGGUGGUGAUUCUGAAGAGCCUUGUGCCCGGCUGUCUUUUCAACAUCAUCGGCUUUGGCUCGACAUUCAGAUCACUGUUCACAACCAGCCAAACCUACGAAGAGGAAGCCCUGGCUUUGGCUUGUGACUACAUCCGCAAAAUCAGGGCUGAUAUGGGGGGAACCAACAUCCUGAGAUCGCUCAACUGGAUCCUGAGACAGCCGUUGUCCAGCGGUCAUCCGCGCCUGCUCUUCCUGCUCACUGAUGGGGCUGUUAGCAACACAGGCAAGGUUAUAGAACUGGUCCGUAGCCACGCACGCUACAUCAGAUGUUUUACGUUCGGAAUAGGACAAAACGCUUGCAGGAGGCUGGUGCACGGAUUGGCCACUGUUUCCAAAGGAACAGCAGAGUUCUUGGCUGAUGGAGAGAGACUGCAGCCCAAGAUGAUAAAAUCCCUGAAGAAAACCAUGUCUCCGGUACUUAGUGACAUUUCCAUCGAAUGGCUCUUUCCUGAAACCAAAGAGGUUUUGCUCUCCCCUGUUGGAAACACCUUCCUGUUUCCAGGCGACAGUCUGAUAGGAUACUGUGUGGUUUGUGACACCAGCCGCUACCAUUCCAACCCCAAAUCUGAUAAGCGGCGGCGGUACAGCAUGAUGCGCUCCACGGAGUCAGGCAGCUCGGUCUUUUACCACUCUCAGGAAGAGGAGCUGGUGAGGACAGGUGUCGAUGGUCAGGGGUCACACAGGGAAUCUCCCCUGGGAGCUCUGAAUGAGUCCUGUCAGAACUCCAUAUUAGACAGCAGCCCUGGGAUCACAGAGCAAGACACCAUGGGAGUUGACAGUAAGGCAUCACCAAGAAGGCGUGCAUACAGCACCAACCAGAUAGCAGACUACCACCCAGAGAAGAAGGUCUACACUCCCAGUGACCCCAGCUGUGUGGUGCCAAAGAAUCCUCUGAGAAGAGCCAAAGUCCAGGAGCUGAUAGACUGGAUGAGCCCUGAACACGAGGCACAGUGGAAGAACGACUUCCAGCUGGCAGCACUUUGUGCUGCAUCUUCUUGGGGCCGUCCCACCAGCGGUCACAGGAAAGUCCUUCAGCAGGAAGCUGACGCCGAGCCUCAAGACAACCAUCUUCCAAGCAGCAUCAGCAUGCAACCGGCAAUUUGUAACGCAGCUGGGGAAGGUGGCUCUAGAUCCUCCACAGACAGCCCAUCUGCAGGCAGUGUUGGAGACACAGACAUCUAUGGACACCAGUUCUGUCAGGCAGAAACCCCACAGGAAAGCCAACCGUCAGAGCCCAGAGGUGACUGUAAGGCCGUGGUGUCUGGACUGCUGUGCGGGAAACCAAUGAAGUGGGAGGUGGUGUUUGACAUUGAGCCCUACAUGAACGGCCGUGAACGUGAGGAAAAGGUUCACGAGGACCUGUGGAACGAGACCUUUCACCAUCUCGCCGGCUGUUCAAUCAUCCACGACUUUGAGCACAUGGCAGAUAAGGAAUAUGAAAUUGAACAUGGCUCUGGCCAGAAGUACCAACUCUAUUCAGUUCAAACCAGCAAGGCCUGCAAUAUACUGAGCAAAUAUACAGCGUUUGUUCCCAUCGAUCUGGACACCAAUGAGUGUUUACAGACAUGUAUUGAAUACAUGAAUCCAGGUGAAAGUCUAAAGAGGGGCUCUCGCUCAGGGAACAGGAAGAACAGAGGUUACUCCACCGGUCUGGGGUGGCCUCAGUCUGGCAGCAUGUCAGAGGACACAGAGGAUGUCCUGCUGGCCAACAGUGGAGAAGACGGCGUGUCUCCGUGCAGCACCCCCUCUUCUGCCGGCUGGGACAGAUGCAGCUUCACAGACGCCUCUCAGAGGAGUCCGUCUGUGGCCUCGGACCAAUCACAGAAAUCGGUGGAGAGCCUUUUUUCUGCCAGACUGGCCCUCAGCAGGACUCGGCUGCUGAGCCGCGCUGCCAAAGGAUUCAUGUGUCGAUCACACAGCAAGUCUGGUGACUCCGCUGGAGAAAGUGACAACGAGAGCAAAGACUACAUUCCCCUGGUGUUGUUGCAGUUGGCCUGUGGUGCAUUUCCUCUAGACAUGGCUCUGUGUGAUGCUAUCAGCGUUCCUAUGGACAAACUAAAGUGGACGUCUCCCUUCACCAGCCACCGCACCAGCCUCGGCCACCCGUCUCACUCAAGCAGCCGCCGCGUUGAUAGCGCCGACGACACACACGGCUCGCCACAUGAAGCAGAAACACAUGGCCCAACUGCAGGCGUCCACAGCUCUUCUCAUGGUGCACCAUCCUCAUUCGGUAGUCCAUCCAUCGCCACUGAGUCGCCGCUCUCGCUAAAUUGCCAGAUGGAUUCUACUGAAGUAUCUGGCGGUUUGGAAUCUGCAUCACCAGGUAGCGGGCAGAAGUUGUUAGAUCUGGAGAGCAUGGUGUGGGCCACGGCCGUAGCUCUGGCCUGGCUGGAACACAGCUCCGCUAGCUACUUCAUAGAGUGGGAACUGGUUGCAGCCAAGGCUAGCAUGUGGCUGAGUGCUCAGGAUAUCCCGGAAGGCCGGGAUUUGGCCUCUGUCAAAGCUGCCGCCAAUCAGUUUUUUAUCAUCCUCAGACACUGGGAUGAAAACCUGCAGCUGAACAUGCUUUGUUACAACCCCAACAGUGUCUGAGACCAGCAGAAGCACCUAAUUCCAUAUGAUACUAUGCUAACUGAGACUUUACUCCUUCCGUCUGGAGUCAGUUUUUGUGUGUGUGUCGCAGUGUUGUGAACAAAAUGUAUUUCUCUUUUUGGUUAUGCUACUCUUCCAGACAUAUCACACGCACUAUGUGCAAGCUAUUACCUCGCUGGUGCCGCGUAUACUGUAGCUGCAUCCUUGCUAGCAAGGGAUCAUAUCAGAG